AUGCCGACCGGCUCGAGCUUCACCUCCAACCCCGCGAGCGAAUUCAGUCACAAUACCUCUCUAGGGGCGUCAUGGGCGUCACAGCUUGACGAUUCUACAAUGGCUACCUCAGGGACAGCCACUCCUGCGCCCAGCGCGCAGGCCCCGGUCGACAAUAUCACUCCGGGGCAGCGAAUGGUGUCUGCGACCGCCGGCAAUAUCUUGACCGGAUUACUAGUCACGCCUCUGGACGUCGUGCGAGUCCGUCUACAAUCCCAAUCUCAAAUCCAAAAUACCUCACCCUUCACCUCUCACACCACACAAACAUUGAGAAACCUCCCUCCAAAUCUUGGCAUCACCUCCUGCUGUCGCGAGGUCUUCUGGGUCGGCAACGAUGCGCAGAUGUGCAUGCUAGGACCCCAGGCCGCGGCAGUGGGAAGUCGCCCACACCCAGCAAUCGAUUGUGCGAUCGAAGAAUCCCAGCGAAGAACAUUUACCUCGACCCUCGACGGGCUCCGAAAGAUCGCGCGCAAUGAAGGAACAUUGACACUGUGGCGAGGGCUUAGCCCGACCUUAAUGAUGGGAAUCCCGGCCAACAUCAUCUAUUUCGCCGGAUACGACUGGCUGCGCACAGACGACCGGAGCCUCAUCAAGCAGCGCGUUGCCCCGGCGUAUGCGCCGUUGAUCGCAGGGUCCGUCGCCCGGGUCGCAGCCGCUGCGGCAACUAGUCCAUUGGAAAUGUUCCGUACUAGGCUCCAGGCAACCCCGGGCACGGGAGCGGGCCAUUUUAAGAACACCAUCAAAGACCUCCACCGGAUGACUCAAUCCAAGGGUUACAGUUCGCUUUGGCGCGGGUUUACUCUGACGAUGUGGCGCGACGUGCCUUUCUCCGGUCUCUAUUGGUGGGGAUACGAGGAAGUCAAGAAGGUGCUGAUUGCGACGCGCCCACGGGCGCACCACCUGAGCGAAGAUACCACCGGGCAGGCUUUCGUGGAUAGUUUCGUUGCUGGAGCCGUGUCCGGGUCUGUCGCAGCACUUGUCACCACUCCAUUUGACGUGGGAAAGACGCGUCAACAGGUUUUCCGACAUAUGGAUGACCAUGUUCCCACUGGCCCUCCUCCCCGCACGUCUCUCCCCCCGGGCAUUUUAGCGCCGGAGCAGCUCUCCUUGCCAAAGUUCCUCAUGCAUAUCUUCCGGGAAGAAGGCACAGCCGGUCUCUUCCGUGGCUGGACGGCUCGCUGUCUCAAGGUUGCCCCGGCCUGUGCGAUCAUGAUCUCCACCUACGAACUAGGCAAACGUAUGGCCCGAGAAGUCAACGAACGGCGACACUCUGACGAUUAA